UCCUGAAAAACACGCAUGCGCAUUAAGUGGGCGGAUGUAAUGAUUUCGAUGGGAAGAAAUAAUAUUCAGCAUCGAAGGAAUAACAACUGAAAUCAUCCCGUCCUGCAGCAUGCACCUAUGUGAAUGUGGAGAAUGACCAGCAAUGUCCAAGGGGUAGCAGCAGGGUAACACUGCAUGAGGCGGUGCCCCCUGAAGGAGCCCAAAACACUGCUCUUCAAAUGGAACACAUCCAACCUUCAGGUGACCGUGCAGGAUGUACCACUCUGGAACAUCAAGCCUCUCCCCACCUGCCAGCACAUGAAAAUAUUUCUACUUCUGACCAUUGAAGAGAAUGGAAAACCAUUUUCCAGAUCAGCCCUCAUACAUCCUCCUGAUGGCCUAACAACUGAAUGACAUGUCGAUGCUGAGUAUGAUCCAUUUCAAUCAUUUGAGGAAGCUCUCCCUGAUAUAGGGGAUUGGAUGUACAAUGACGGACAUACGUUUAAUGAAGGAUUUGAAGAUGGUUUGAGUGAGGAGUGUGCAGAAGAGUCCAAUUUCAAGGACACAACAGACAAACCAAUACAUGACAAUGCAUCAGAAACCAUGGCAGAGUGCCUUCUGAUCAGCAUGGGUUAUGUAAACUGUCCUAAAGUCACAGGUUGAACAUUCCACCCUUUGUGCCUGCCCGGACUGUGCUGGAAGGCCUCGAGUCAGAGGAUGCGUGUGAAGACAAGAAAGCUGUAAAAAAGGAGAUCCAUAGCAAAAAGGGAGCCAAAAAGGACAAAAUGGAAGAGGAGAAUACAGACCUGCUCAGACUUUGCCACACAGUACCGCUGGAGGUGGUGAACUUAGGUGGGAAAGGUUACGAUCCAGAGAAGAAAGACUACUCAGGUUUUGAGGCCUGGUUGCAGUGUUACUAUGUGGAUGGAAUGAAGUCUGUACGCGACCACAGUGGCAGGACUAUGUGGUUCAAAGGCGAUCCAGGUCCUAUGGCUCCUAAAGAAUCAAAGUCUCCAAAGGCCAAAAAGAGAAAAGAUACAGAUGCAGACCAUGAUUACCCCCGCAAGAAAAAGGUGUCCAGGAAACACAACUCUGACAGCACAGUGAAGAAAAAAGCAGCCAAAAAGCCCACAAAAGCAGCAAAGGAAGAAGAAAAUGGACCUCAAGAAGAAGCCACACCCAGAAGAAGAUCAGCAAACACACCUCAGCAAGAACCGAAAUCCACGUCAGGCAGGAGGAAAAAGAACAAUACAGAGCCAGCUGCCGGUCUGAUUCUAAUAAUACUCCCAUUUUCUGAAAAUAUUAAGAGCCUGAUCUUUGAGGAUCCAAUUCCCACACACUUAUCUGUGUGCGCAAACUAUAAAAUUGCAUGUACUGUUGGUGGACGUGUUGUAUGUGAUCUACUUUGUGCAAUUGAUAGCAGCAAAAGUGGCACAGAUCACCCUAUUUUUGUGUACUAGAAGCAUUAUGUGCCCUUGGAAACACUUCUUUCCCUCUACAUUCAUGUUAUUAUGCUCUCCACACUGGAGGGGGGCUUAUAUUAGAUUAUAGCACAUAUCGAUCAUCUAACACCUUUUCUGCAAUAUAGAAUCACAGUAUGUAUACUAUUUGCAGCAGGAAUGAUCAAACUGCAUAUUGCAAGACAUUUUUUUUAGGAGUUAUACUAAAUACAAAAAAAAAAACGCAACGCUUUUGUUCUUGUUCCCAAUUUAAAUGAACUCAAAGAUCGAAAACUUUGACUAUAAACACAAAAUACCUGUUCCUCUCAAAUAUUGUUCACAAAUCUGUAUACAUUUGUUAGUGAGCAUUUUUUCUUUGCCAAGAUAAUCCAUCCCACCUGACAGGUGUGCCUUGAGCUGUCCAAAAUAAAAGGCCACUGUGAAAUGUGCAGUUUUAUCACACAACACAAUGCUUCAGAUGUCGCACGUUUUGAGGGAGCGUGCAGUAGGCAUGCUGACUGCAGCAAUGUCCACCAGAGCUGUUGCCCGUCAAUUAAAUGUUUAUUUCUCCGCCAUAAGAAUAGAAUAGAAUAGAAAGUACUUUAUUGAUCCCUGGGGGAAAUUCAGCACCACAGUUCGCUCACAAUAAACAAUGAUAAUAAUAAAUAAUAUAAUAUAUAUGAAUAAUAUAAAUAUAUUCUACAUUUAAGUGCAGUCAAGGAACAUAUGCAUUAUACAGUCUGAUGGCUGUCGGUGUGAAGGACCUCCUGUGUCGUUCCGUGUUGCAUUUUGGGAGUCUGAGCCUUCCACUGAAGGUGCUCAUUCUCUCUGCAAGGUCCGAGUGUAGUGGGUGGGAGGUGUUGUCCAUAAUGGCUAGGAGUUUUGCUAGACUUCUCUCUGACACCACCGCCAGAGAGUCCAGCUCCACUCCCAUCUUGUUACUGGCCUUCUCUACCAACUUGUCCAGUCUGUAUGUGUCCCUCACUCUCAGCCCGCUGCCCCAGCAGGCCACGGCGUACAAGAGGGCGCCUGCCACUAGCGACUCGUAGAACAUCUUCAACAUCUUUGUACAGACGUUGAAGGAUCCUAGCCUCCAAAGGAAAUAUAGAUUCGGCUCUGUCCCUUCUUGUAGAGGGCCUCAGCGUGUUUUGACCCAUUCAGCUUGUUGUCCAUGUGUACUCCGAGGUAUUUAUAAUCCUCUACCAUGUCCACAUCCACCCCCUUGAUGGAAAGAGGGGUCGCCAGAGUACUCCUCCUCCUUCCCAGGUCCACAACCAGCUCCUUGGUCUCCGUAACAUUGAGCUGGAGGUGGUUCUUUCCACACCAUGUGACAAAGUCCUCCACCAGUGUCCUGUAUUCCUCGUCAUCACCUUCCUCAAUACACCCCACUAUCGCAGAGUCAUCAGAAAACUUCUGAAGGUGGCAGGACUCUGACUGAUAGUGGAAAUGGGUGGUGUAAAUGGUGUGGAGGAAGGGGGAAGAGUACUGUAGCCUCCGGGGCCCCGGUGUUGCUGACCAGCCUGUCAGACACACAGUCCUGCAGUCGCAUAUACUGUGGUCUGUCAGUCAGGUAAUCUACAACCCAGGACACCAAGGGGGCCUCCACCUGCAUCUUCUCCAACUUCACACCCCGUAGCCCAGGCCGUUUAGUAUAAGCCGCCUCCAAAGGUGUUUCAGAGAAUUUGGCAAUACAUCCAACUGGCCUCACAGCCGCAGACCAUAUUGAUUGGCUGAGACCUGCCACCCGGACAGCUGCUACAACAAUUGGUUUGCUUAACCAUAGCAUUUCUGCACAAACUGUAAGAAACUACCAUGAAUUGAUUAACGUGGACCCCGACUUAAACAAGUUGAAAAACAUAUGGGGGUGUUACCAAUUAGUGGUCAAUUGUACGGAAUAUGUACUGAACUGUGCAAUCUACUAAUAAAAGUAUCAAUCAAUCAAUCUGUCUCAAGAAAGCUCAUCUGCAUGCUCGUGGUCCUCAUCGGGGUCUCGACCUAACUGCAGUUUGUCUUCUUAACCAACUUGAGUGGGCAAAUGCUCACACUCAAUGGCGUCUGGCACAAUACAGAGGUUUUGGUAUGUUAUUAUUGACAGCGAAACCACGUGCAUUUUAUUGAUGGCAUUUUCCAUGCGCAGAGAUACCGUCACGAGACCCUGAGCCCCAUUGUUGUACUAAUCACCCGAGGCCAUCACCUUUAUAAAUAACAUUUACUAACUCAUGUUGCAAGGAUCUGGAAGCUAAAAACAUCCCAGUUCUUGCAUGACCAGCAUACUCACCGGACAUGUCACCCAGUAAGUAAUUUUUGAGAGGAAUAUAUAUUUUCUGUAUAGUAAAAGUUUCAGAUCUUUAAGUUCAAUUCAUGAUAAAUGGGAGCAAAAACAAAAGUGUUGCGUUUAUAUAUUUGUUCAAUACCAUAUUUUUCGGAGUAUAAGUCGCACCUGCCGAAAAUGCAUAAUAAAGAAGGAAAAAAAACAUACAA